CUGCGACUGAGGCACUACGCUAAUCAUGUCAUUCUGUGGCCUAGCAUUAAAUAAAGCGACGGUUAUCUAGUUUGGGCAUAGCAUUGGAUUAAAACGCACGACAUCUCCGUGCUAGUCAGAAAUAGAAUAAGUGUAAUACGCCUUCUUCAUCAAGCUUUAUAAUCGCAACGGAAUUCUUUAAGAGAAGAAAUGACGUUUAUUCCGUGACAAUGCCUAUAUAAUUUUCACGGAUCAUGUAGUCUAGGAUACGUUGUUAGACAUAGCCAUUUAUACAGAUCGAUUUUUUUCUUGCUUUUCCGUAACUGAAAUUCUCGUACAUAUAUAUAUUUUUAUAUAUAUUAUUCCACAUCACAUGGUGUUUCGAUAUCACAUCUAUUAACGUUGGUACAGUAGUGGUAGCUUGUUAACUGGACCCCGCGACACUUACUGCACUGGGAUGGAUAAUGCCCAUACAAAGACGGUAGAGGAGGUGUUGGGGUACUUCAGCGUAAACGAAUCCACGGGCCUGAGUUGUGAGCAGCUGAGGAAGAGCAGAGAGAGAUGGGGACCAAACGAAUUACCAGCUGAAGAAGGAAAGUCACUAUGGGAACUGGUUCUGGAGCAGUUUGAGGAUCUGCUUGUCAGGAUCCUUCUGCUUGCUGCAUGCAUCUCCUUUACUCUAGCUUGGUUCGAGGAGGGGGAGGGGACCAUCACAGCAUUCGUGGAGCCCUUCGUCAUUCUUCUCAUCCUCAUCGCUAAUGCUAUUGUUGGGGUCUGGCAGGAGCGUAAUGCUGAGAAUGCCAUCGAAGCUCUGAAGGAGUAUGAGCCGGAGAUGGGGAAGGUUUACCGCCAGGACAGGAAGAGCGUCCAGAGAGUCCGAGCCAGAGACAUUGUACCAGGAGACAUUGUGGAGGUGGCAGUUGGUGACAAGGUUCCAGCCGACAUCCGUCUGACUUCCAUCCGCUCCACCACGCUGAGAGUGGACCAGUCCAUUCUGACGGGGGAGUCCGUAUCUGUGCUCAAACACACUGACCCCGUGCCCGACCCCCGUGCUGUCAACCAGGACAAGAAGAACAUGUUGUUUUCUGGCACCAACAUCGCGGCGGGGAGAGCCAUGGGUGUUGUCGUGGCGACUGGGGUGCAAACAGAGAUUGGCAAGAUCAGAGAUGAAAUGGCUGCCACCGACCCCGAGAGAACUCCACUCCAACAGAAACUGGACCAGUUUGGAGAGCAGCUGUCCAAGGUCAUCAGUGUGAUAUGUGUGGCGGUGUGGGGGAUCAAUGUGGGCCACUUCAACGACCCGGUCCAUGGAGGGAGCUGGCUGAGAGGAGCAGUCUACUACUUCAAGAUCGCCGUGGCUCUGGCCGUGGCUGCCAUCCCUGAGGGCCUGCCUGCUGUCAUCACCACCUGCCUUGCACUGGGCACCCGGCGGAUGGCCCGGAAAAAUGCCAUCGUUAGGUCCCUGCCCUCCGUGGAGACCCUGGGCUGCACCUCCGUCAUCUGUUCCGACAAGACGGGCACCCUCACCACCAAUCAGAUGUCUGUCUGCAGGUUGUUUGUGGUGGACAACGUGUCAGGGGACCGAUGUGCCCUGAGUGAGUUCUCGGUGACCGGAUCUACUUACGCCCCGGAAGGGGAAGUGUACAAGGAUGGUGCAGCAGUGAAGUGUAGUCAGUAUGAGGGGCUGGUAGAGAUGGCUUCUAUCUGCGCUCUCUGCAAUGAUUCCUCUCUUGACUACAGUGAGUCGAAAGGCGUGUUUGAGAAGGUUGGCGAGGCCACGGAGACGGCUCUAUGCUGCCUGGUGGAGAAGAUGAACGUGUUCGACACGGACAUGAGAGGACUGGCACCAGCAGAGAGAGCCACCGCCUGCUGCUCUGUGAUCAAGCAGCUGAUGAAGAAGGAGCUGACGUUGGAGUUCUCCAGAGACAGGAAGUCCAUGUCUGUCUUCUGCUCCCCCAACAAGCUGACCCGCUCCUCCACAGGGGCCAAGAUGUUCAUCAAGGGCGCCCCCGAGAGCGUGCUGGAGCGUUGCCGUUGGAUACGUGUGGGCGGUGGCGCCCGCGUGGCGAUGUCGACGGCCACGAGGGAGCAGCUCCAGACCACGGUCCGAGAGUGGGCCGCCGGGCGAGACACCCUCCGCUGCCUUGCCAUGGCAACCAGAGACUCCCCCCCCGAACCCCGCUCCCUCAACUUGGAGAACUCAGCCGGCUUCAUUAACUACGAGUCCGACCUGACCUUCGUGGGCUGUGUGGGCAUGCUGGAUCCCCCCAGGAAGGAGGUACUUGGUGCAGUCCGGCAGUGUCGACAGGCGGGCAUACGGGUCAUCAUGAUCACCGGAGACAACAAGGGCACGGCCCUGUCUAUCUGUCGUCGCGUGGGCAUCAUCACGGAGGAGGAGGAGGAGGAGGGCCAGGGGGGCCAGUUUGGGGGGGGCCUGACCGGGCGGGAGUUUGACGAGCUGCCCCCCCACCUCCAGAGACAGGCGUGUCGCACGUGUCGCUGCUUCGCCCGGGUGGAGCCCACGCACAAGAGCCGCAUCGUGGAGUACCUGCAGAGCCUCAACGACAUCACUGCCAUGACGGGCGAUGGAGUGAAUGAUGCCCCGGCUCUUAAAAAGGCUGAGAUCGGCAUCGCCAUGGGCAGCGGCACCGCCGUGGCCAAGUCGGCCUCGGAGAUGAUCCUGGCUGACGACAACUUCUCCACCAUUGUGGCGGCUGUGGAGGAGGGCAGGGCCAUCUACAACAACAUGAAGCAGUUCAUCAGAUACCUCAUCUCCUCCAACAUCGGAGAGGUGGUCUGUAUCUUCCUGACUGCAGCCCUAGGCAUGCCCGAAGCCCUCAUCCCUGUCCAGCUACUCUGGGUCAACCUGGUCACAGACGGCUUCCCGGCAACCGCCCUGGGCUUCAACCCCCCCGACCUGGACAUCAUGUCCCGCCCCCCCCGCUCCCCCAAGGAGGCCCUCAUCUCUGGUUGGCUGUUCUGCCGCUACCUCAUCAUUGGCUGUUAUGUGGGCGCGGCCACCGUAGGAGCAGCAGCCUGGUGGUUUAUGGCUGCUCACGACGGACCCAAACUCUCCUUCUACCAGCUGUCCCACUACCUCCAGUGCAGCGAGGGACACGGUGAGUUCGCCGGGGUCCAGUGCUCUGUCUUCGAGUCGCCCUACCCCAUGACCAUGGCCCUGUCUGUCCUCGUUACCAUAGAGAUGUGCAACGCCCUGAACAGCCUGUCUGAGAACCAGUCCCUGUUGAAGAUGCCGCCCUGGUCAAACCCCUGGCUGGUAGGAGCCAUCUGUCUGUCCAUGGCUCUGCACUUCCUCAUCCUCUACGUCGACCCCCUGCCCGUGGUUUUCCAGAUCAGGCCCCUGUCAUGGCCCCAGUGGGUGGUGGUGCUGAAGAUGUCACUUCCUGUCAUCCUGAUGGACGAGGCCCUCAAGUUCCUGGCGCGUAACUACAUCGAGCCGGGCAACGACCUGGACCGCCAGGAUGAGGAGAGGGAACGGCGCCGGAGGGCGGCGGCUGGACAGCCCAACGCCAACGGGGGGUUGGUGGGCGCGUUGACGGCCGCCCUGGGUCGAGCCCUUAGUGGCGUGUCGUGGUCAUUCGUGCUGGUAUCUGCGCCGCUAUUGGUCUGGAUCUACAGCCUGGACUCUGACAUCACUAACAUCUUCUGGGAGUGAGGAAAGGGAAGGAGGAGAAAGUGAUGGAGGUGUAGGGAGGGGAGAGGGAUGAAGGGGGGGGGG